GAUAUGCCACCUAAUGAGCUGGAUAUAAUCAUGUCGCCUGCCGUAGAAAGGGAAAUGCUCGUGAUGCCCCGCCUCUGCGUAUGGCUCCACCCCCCUACAGUGUUUUGGGUGACGCCGCCGGUUUGAAUGGUGAUGAGGUGUAGGGAGAGUCUGGAAGCAGGAGCGCGGAACGAUAAACAUGAAGGCUUUAAUCCUGGUCGGCGGUUAUGGUACCAGACUACGUCCACUCACACUCAGUGUUCCCAAACCACUAGUGGAUUUCUGCAAUAAGCCUAUCCUCCUGCAUCAAGUAGAAGCCUUAGUGAAGGCCGGGGUUAAUCAUGUCAUUCUCGCAGUCAGCUAUAUGUCCGAUAUGUUGGAGAAGGAGAUGAAGGAACAGGAGAAGAGGCUGGGAAUUCGCAUCUCAAUGUCACAUGAAAAGGAGCCUUUGGGUACAGCUGGCCCACUUGCCCUGGCUCGGGAACUGCUGACGGAAAACUCUGAUCCUUUCUUCGUCCUCAACAGCGACGUCAUCUGUGAUUUCCCCUUUGAGGAUAUGGUCCGGUUCCACACACACCACGGGAAGGAGGGCACGAUUGUGGUAACAAAGGUGGAGGAACCCUCAAAGUAUGGGGUGGUUGUAUAUGAGGCCGACUCUGGACUAAUCCAGCGCUUUGUUGAGAAACCUCAAGUCUUUGUAUCCAACAAAAUCAACUCUGGACUUUACAUCUUCUGCCCCUCUGUGUUGGACCGCAUUCAGCUGCGGCCGACUUCUAUAGAGAAGGAGAUUUUCCCAGUCAUGGCUCAGGAGGGGCAGCUGUUUGCUAUGGAGCUGCAAGGUUUCUGGAUGGACAUUGGUCAGCCGAAGGACUUCCUGACGGGUAUGUGCCUGUACCUACAGUCUGUGAGGCAGAAGAACCCAGAGAGGUUGCACGCCGGCCCUGGCUUUAUUGGAAAUGUGCUUGUGGAUCCCACAGCCAAGAUUGGUGAGAACUGUAGCAUUGGUCCUAAUGUGACUAUAGGCCCUGGAGUGACGGUGGAGGACGGGGUUCGUAUAAAACGGUGUACAGUGAUGAAGAGCUCACGGCUGCGCUCACACUCAUGGCUCGAGUCUUCGAUUGUAGGCUGGAGCUCGUCUGUUGGUCAGUGGGUUCGUAUGGAAAAUGUGACGGUGCUGGGGGAGGAUGUGAUCGUUAAUGAUGAGCUUUAUCUGAACGGGGCCAAUGUCCUGCCUCACAAGUGCAUUGCAGAAUCUGUGCCAGAGCCUCGGAUUAUCAUGUAGCGCUGAUGGUUUGAGAGGACUUUGUCUUUAGCGGUGGGACGGGCGGUUGUGGUUCUCUACUGUUUACGAGAUUAUAAAAGCACUAAAAUGACUGUGGUUACCUGGGGACACCAUCUGAAGCAUAGGAACUGCUUAAAUACCUCCCGUGCACAACCGGCACCAAUGAGUCCAGGCCCUGCACGUGCUGUGCCCUCUCUCCUGGGUGGGACUUGGAUAUGAACCAUUCUCAUUUUUAUGGCUCUCUACAAGAACUGAGAAAUAUGGCGCAUUACGAGUGUUGGUUUGCAGAUCCUCCCAACACCAGAAAUGUUACUGGUUUAUACUUUGUUUUUAUUGUACAAAUCUGAGAUUCUUAAAACCGCUUCAGGAGAUGCCGGAUUUGUAUUAAACAUGAAAUAGAUGAAGCUUAAUCUAUGCUGCUUCCCAAGCCACAGUGAACCUUAAAAGGCCGUUGUACUCACAUUUUCUUUCUUCUAUAUAAAAGAAGGUAUUUCACACUGUAUUAGACUUUAAUACGCUGUUUGUAUUCUGAAUAAUGAUUUUCUCAUCAGUUUUUUGGAGGCAUUUCCCAUGAGACUGUGAAUUGUUCCUAUUAGCCAGUGAUUAAAGGGACAUUAAACCCAAAAUGUUUCUCAUGAUUUAGGUACAGCAUACAAUUUUUAAAAAAACUUUCCAAUUUACUUCUAUUAGCAAUUUUGCAUCAUUCUCUUAGUAUCCUUUAUUGAAGUAGCAGCAAUGUACUAUUGGGAGCUAGCUGAACACAUCUGUAAACCAAUGGCAAGAAGCAUAAAUGAGCAGAUACCCAUCAGCAACUAGAUUCCAGCUCCUGAGCCUACCUAGGAAUCCUUUUCAACAAAGGAUACCAAGAGAACGAAGAAAAUUAAAUAAUAGAAGGAAAUAGUUUAAAAUUGUAUGCUGAUCCAUGAAAGAAAUGUUUUGGGUUUCAUGUCCCAUUAAACAGACAUAAGUGCAAUAGUAAAAUGCUCUCAUGUGCUAGAGAAUUGUACUAUUCCAUGCUCUGCAGUGAAAUGGCGAGCCAGUCAGGGGUAGCAUAUGUAUAUACUUGCAGUAUUUAUUAUUAGAGCCUCUUACUAUUGCAUUUUUAUGUCCCUUAAAUUCACCUGUAUAACGCACAUAAACACGCAUUUCCUGCUGCAAAUUUAACCGUAAACAGCAUUUAAUAUGCAGGAGUGUAUUUUAAUUUUGAAUAGAAGCAUUACAUUUGUAUAAGCCAUAUAGGGUCAUAUGCUAGGUAUGCCUAAUGCAACCACAUACACAAGGCUCUUGCUGUUUGGGGAAGAUGCACGCCGCUGCUGGCUCCCUGAGCAAGCACAGUGCAUGUGAAGCAUAUCUACAUAUACCACUGAAAACAGUGACAGCUUGUGUUUGUUAAAAGCCCCAUGGCAGAACAUGCAGUGAUCUGAGAUGUCAUUGCAUAAAAUGCAGCAUGUCUGCAGAAAGAACAGGACACUUUGCAGUGCUGCUCCACAUCAGACUGUUCUCUUGAAACAGAGCUUUGCUCUGGCUGCGCUGUGUAAGUUUUCCUUAACACAGUGCAUCCACAGCAAACUGCUGUUUGAAAUGUACAGUAAAAUAUGCAGUUGAGAUGCAAAGCAGCAGCACAUUGAUUGUUAACUGGCUUUCAGAUUUUUUUCAAACCCAACCCCUAGCCUUCCCCAGCCUGCAAAGCUGUUUUUAUUAAUGUAAGACAUUAUUAUGAGCAAUGCACCUUUUUUAUUACUACAUUUCUAUGUUAAACCAAGUGAAAAGGUAACCACUUUUAUUCAAGAGACAUUUUACAAUUUAACCUCUGGGGUUAAAAGUAUGUUCCAAAAAUGAUUCUAUUCCAGGGCUUGACAAACUCCUGUAGACACUGGCUCCUAGAAUUUUACCACUGGCUCCUAACUUUUGGGGUUAUUCUCUAUAUGUCUAUAUACCAUUGUCUCCUAAAAAAUUUUUCGACCCCUCUAUUCCACAUAAAAAUGCACGUUUUUGUUUUGAUUUUUUAUGUCCUUUUAACAGACUACAAAAAUUAUAUAUACUAAAAUGAUUAAAUGCUGCUCUUCUAUAUGCAUCAAAGAAAAUGCUACAAGUACAAUGUUGCUUUAAUGUAUAUGAUAUUUCUAAAUAGACCUUUUAAUAUAAACCAAUGAAUUUCUUAA